AAGAAUUAAGAAAGAAUCAACGUGGUUGGAGUGGAGAGGUUUUUAUAGGGAAGAGUUACUUGGCCCCACUCCUCGAUGUCAUCUCCUUCAUUGCUUCUCUCUUAUCAUUCCCUUCUUCUUCUUCUUCACUACCUUCACUCCUUGAAACAGAGACCUUUUCUUGUUCUGCACUUUGCUAAUUUCACAACAAAGCUCCAUCCUUUUUCCGACAAAACCCUCUAAUUUCACAUAAGGCUCCAUCCUUUUCAAACAAAAGAGCAGUUUCAGCUUCUGGGUUCAUUAGAGAACACUCACUGUUGUCAUCAAUGGACGGUGAUGGAUCUGCUCAUAGCUCAUUGUUCGGAGACUUAACAACGGAAGAGGUCACAAGCAAGAUCAUUCUCACAGCAGUCAUUGUUCUGUUCAUGGCGGUUCUCUUCGUCCUUAUCCUCCACCUCUACGCCAAGCUCUACUGGUGGCGAAUAGAUCACCUCCAGCAGCAGCUGCAGCAACAAGAGCAAGAAGAAGACGAACCAUCAUCCAUUGCUCCACCGGUGGUACUCACUCGCCGCCAGCGACGUCGUUUUAUCUUCGCCCCGGGGCAGCAAGACGCUUUACCCAACACUGGAGGGCUUACCCCUUUCGAGCUCAGCUCGUUGCCUGUUGUCUUUUUCAGACAAGACACUUGCAAAGAAGGUUUGGAGUGUGCUAUCUGCUUGUCUGAGCUCGUCAAAGGAGACAAAGCUAGGCUGCUUCCAGAGUGUAAACACAGCUUCCAUGUUGAGUGUAUUGACAUGUGGUUUCAGUCUCAUUCAACUUGUCCCAUCUGCAGAAACGCUGUUCUUGGCACUGACCAAGCUAGCUCAAAGGGGAUUAUUGAACAAGUUCCUGAGAAUGUAUCAUCAUCAGAUGCUUUGUCUCAAAUUUCAACUUCGUCUUCGGACUUCCCCACCAAUGUCUUGGUAUGGGGUCGCCAAGAUCAGGUUAGUACCAGAAACACCAAUGUUGGGUCUCAACAAGAAGAGGGUAAUGGUAAUAAUGCUGCUUCUCAGAGUCAUGAUGCUCUUGUUCUUGAUAUCAAUGAUUCUGCAACUAGAAGUCAAAAUGUGCCGUCGUCAUCAUCAUCAUCAAUGAGGUUUAUUGCUGAAGAGGAAGAGCCAAAGUCUCCAAUGACAACCAGGUUGAGGUCUUUAAGGAGGUUUCUGAGCAGAGACAAGAGAGUCUCUUGUAGUAAUAGUAACUCCAAUGCUGCUGCUGCUUCUUCUUCUUCUGUUGAUCCUUGAAGGUUGUUAUUAGAUUAGUAGCCGAAUGAAAAGAUUGCAUGAAGAUGUCAAAAACUGUGUAGUGGUCUCUGCUUGUUCACUGGCUUUGUGUGUUUGACACAUUUCUUUGUUAUCCAAAGUAUAUCAUUUAUCUAUUCCAAUCCAAGGGAAUUUGAAACUCA